AUGCAGAAGUUCACGGAAACGCAGAACUGCACGGAACAGAAGUUCACGGAAAUAGGGGGUUUCAAGACAGGGGUCAAUACAAUCAUAACAUUGGAACAAACGGAACGGUCUCCUCCGCUGGGAGAGAUCCUUGUGACAAUCCAGCACAAUGAGAUCGAAAAUCCGGAACAUCAAGGUAGUGAUAUCUCUCAAAUCACAAACAGCCAAUAUCUGACAUCCUACAAUUGGCUUGGUGGGGACAAGGCUAGGAUCAUCAUUCCAGGUGAACCACCCAAGUGGACACCUCUAUCUGACCCGCGCACGCUCCCGGAAGACAAUGGUACAUAUUUCCGUGAUCGAAAUGCUGCACAAUAUCCCCCUUACCCUCUCGAGCCAAUGGUACAAGCAAUCCUGACUGACAAACCCGAGUUCCCUGUGACCGACGUGGACAUCAUUGCGUGCAACAAUACCCUGGGCCAGCUGCUACGUUUUGUACGUGGAGCUGGUAGUCCCUUUAGGAUGCUUGUUCAGGUACUCGGUAAGACCGUCUUCUUUAUCAGAAGGGAAAACUCGCCCACCGAAAUGAUCCCCGGUAUCCGUGGAUAUGGACAUACUUUCCUGGAAGCAUACACCACGUGGAAUGAUGGUGUGGGCGGAUCCACGUCCCACCAACGAGUGGUGAAGUACAAGUUUGCCGACAUGGAGUGCUUGAUCCGUUUUGUACCGGAUGGCUUCUUGCCUGACCUGGUUACGGAUACCGAGAAAGCCAAAGAAGAGCCUGUUCCCCAUUCCCAGGAAGAAAGUAUGAAUGCAGAGGAAAGUUUGGCGUCCAUCGAAGACAUAUCACUUUCGGAUGCUCUCUCGUACGCUACAGAAAUGGCACCUCAGAAGCUUGAGGUUGCAAUGCAAGGCCAGCGUAUCCCACAGUGUGCAGUCUUUGGCGUGAGGACUCGAUCUCGCGCUAAGAGGCGUUGCGAUGUUUUGAAGGAAGAAUUGCCCCGGUUGUGGCUUACGCAAAUUCCCAACUUCAUUAUCGCCAAUCAUACAAAUGGUCAAUUCAAAAACAUUCGGAUUCGCGACGUACGGGAUGCUGUAAAGCAGUGGGAGGAGAGCGAGCAACUGACUUUGCGCAAGUUUGCCAGCUUACUCCAAAUGAUUGUCGCAUUCGCUCGAAGCCUGGAGGAUGGAAGACUUGAAAUUGAGCGUGAGGAGAGUGUGCAAGUUUUAAAUCUGAGAGCACAAAGUGGAGUUGUCAACAGCGUCUUGUCCCCGGCUGUCGCAAGCAAGUGGACCGGCUCUGAUGAGGACAGCGACUACUGUGAUGUCUAUCUGACGCACGACUCGAUGAGCGUGCGCAAGGCGCAUAACUCCGGCCGAAACCACCUGAGGAACGUGGUGGAAUACUACCAACAGAUUGGCCAAGAAAAAGCCCAGUCCGUUAUCGACUCCAUCACCUCCUCCUACGCCGCAGAGGGCCAACAAGCCCCCAACAUGAUGGCCCCCGGCGCGUUCCCGCCUCCCUUCGGAUUCCCGGGACAACCGGGCAUGCCCCCUCCUCCCUUUGGUAUCCCUCCACCAGGCGCCCCCGGUGCUCCAGGCAUGCUACCUCGUAUGUCCCACCCAUUCCCAGUUCCACCCUACAUCCCCAGGACGAGAAACCGAUCACCGACCUACCCAGAACAAAACCAAGCUAAUCAACACCCCCACCCAACAGCCCCAGGAGCCCACGGUCUUCCCUUCCCACCUUUCCCUAACGCUGCCGGAACCCCACCAACAGGCGGCUUCCCACCGCCCCUCCCCAACAUGCCCCAGGGCGCAAACCUGCCGAUUCCUCCCCCAGGAGGCUUCCCUAACUUCCCCAUCCCUCCACCAGGUGCUGCGGGAUUCCCGCCUAUGCCUGGUCAGCCCGGUAUGGGCCCUGGCGGUCCGCAGAUUCCUACUGGCCCCCGUGGCUUGGAGGGGUAUCCUCCUCCCCCCGGAGGUGGGCCUCCCGGUGGGAUGGAUCAGCGGUGGUGA